AUGGGGUUUAUUAACGAUUGGCCAAAUAAUAUUGUUGAACCCGAAGAAUCAAAGUUAGUCCCUAUUUCAGAAGAAAUUGAUUUUGAUAAAAUCGUAGAGUGCUCAGAUGAAGGGAAUAAGACAAUUGAAGAUUUAUCACAAGAACCACAUUUUGAAUUAAUAAACCACAGUGUUCAAAUACAUAAUACACCUGAAGACCAGAACAUAGAUUUACCAAAGUCUCAAUCAGUACAAAUUAUUUCAGUUCAAUGUAAUCCAUCCCUCACAGCUUCAAUGAACAUGAAAAAUCUUACUCCCGUUAAAUUAAAAGAUAUUUUGAUAUUACCUAAAACACCGAUAAGAAAAGGAGUUAAAAACUCUGUAAAAACCCCGUUUGUACUAACUUCGGCACAGUGGAAAGCACAAGAAAGUGAAGAAAUCAGAAUAAAAGAAGAAAAAUCAGAGGGGAUCAAGAAAAGAAAAGAAGAAAGGGAACGAAAGAAAAUAAAAAAUGAGAAACGACCGGUGCCAAAGAAACAAAAAAAUAAGACUAAUGACGAAAUAUCAAAGAUAUUAUUUUCUGAGAAAUUUUAUAAAUUUGAUAGUGAAGAUACCAUUGUUCAAAAUAAAGAAAAUGAUCAGGAGUUAAUUGAUAUCUUAGACAGAGAGCAUAGAGGAGGGAGUAUUGGUAAUAGAACGUAUACCACUGCUGAAAUAGAAAAAAAUUUGACCGAAUUAGAUAAUUGA